CACAUGUACAAUCAAUAGACUAUACAACCAAGCUAGGUCGUUUCACUAGAGUUUGUCUUAUAAAUAUAAAAUAAGGGAAAAAACAGUAAAAAGUCUAGUUUCAGUGAACACAUAGUGUUUCUGUGAAGUUGCCGUGGCGGAAAGCGAGGGGUCUGCAGUGGCGGCAGGCAACGGCCUCGCCGUGAAUAGCAAGGUAUACCCCAGCCCGGGGGCGGCGCGCGGCGUAUGGGCGCUGCCGCAGCCGCCCCCGUGCACGAUGGCGGCGGAGGAAGCUCUGCCCCCGUGCUCCCCGCUGUCUCCCGAUGCGCCAACCACACAGCCACGCAUCACUACCAACAUCAACCACCUGUCUGACCUUCAUCAGCUGAUAUUUGAAGCUGUACGUUCUGGGGAAGUAUCAGAAAUUGAACGUCUGGUAGAGAAGCUUGGUGUGGAAAUACUAAGCGCUCGAGAUCAGCAUGGUUAUACUCCAGCGCAUUGGGCGGCGCUGGAUGGGAGCGUUGCAGUGAUGCGAUAUUUGGUGGAACGCGGGGCGCCUGUCGAUCUGUCCUGUCUUGGUACUCAGGGUCCUAGGCCAAUUCACUGGGCAUGUCGUAAAGGCCACGCUUCAGUAGUGCAAGUAUUGUUACAAUCUGGCGUCGCUGUAAAUGCUGCUGAUUUUAAAGGAUUAACACCACUGAUGACUGCAUGUAUGUAUGGGAAGACAGCUACUGCAGCAUACUUACUCGGCAUGGGUGCAGCCACCAGGCUCUCGGAUAUAAAUGGAGAUACAGCACUCCACUGGGCUGCGUAUAAAGGCCAUGCUGACUUAGUUCGCUUGCUAAUAUACUCUGGAGUGCCGUUACACUGUACGGAUAACUUUGGCUCAACACCUUUACAUCUAGCUUGUCUGUCAGGCAACCUCACUUGCGUUCGAUUGUUAUGUGAAAAGGUAAAAGCUGAACUGGAACCUCGUGAUAAAAACGGGAAAACCCCGCUAAUGCUAGCCCAAAGCCACCGUCAUGCAGAAGUGGUCAAACUUUUGCAAAAAGAAAUGAAACUAAAAUCUCAUUGGAUGCCACCGCUCUCUGAACUGUGGGCAUUGCUUUUCGGUGGUGCCGGAGACUCUAAAGGACCUCUUUUAUUUUUCCUUGUAUCUGUUCUAUUAUGGGGAUAUCCUAUGUAUAUUAUACGGUGUAUACCCUUAACUUGGAAUACAUUACGCCUUUCGCAUUACUUUUUCCUAUAUUGGAAUGCUAUAAUGUGGAUGAGCUGGGUGAUUGCUAAUCGUCGCGAUCCAGGAUACAUACCGCAAAACUCGGAGACGUACUAUCGGGCUAUUAGACAGAUACCGUACUAUGAUAAGUGGAAGAAAAGAAAUGUUAUACUUUCACGACUUUGCCACACCUGCAGAUGUUUGCGACCGUUAAGGGCAAAGCACUGCCGCAUCUGCAAGCGUUGCGUGGCCUACUUUGACCACCAUUGUCCAUUCAUCUAUAACUGUAUCGGUGUUCGUAAUCGCAUGUGGUUCUUCUUAUUCGUGAUGAGUGUGGCCAUCAACUGCACACUUUCUAUAUAUUUCGCAUGCUAUUGUUUGUACCUCGAAGGUUUUGGCCUACUAUACGUUUUGGGGCUGUUAGAGGCAAUAACUUUCUGCGCCUUGGGAUGGAUACUGACUUGCACAUCGAUACUACACGCGUGCAUGAACCUAACGACUAACGAGAUGUUUAACUACAAACGGUACCCGUAUCUACGGGAUAAGAGAGGCCGCUACCAAAACCCGUUUUCGAGAGGACCCAUUAUGAAUUUAAUCGAAUUUUUCGUAUGUUUGCCGGACAAGUGUGAUGAGCAAGACCUUUUUUAUGAAGAGAACAUAUGAUGUGAAACUCCGAGGCAUAAUUACGUGGUGCCUAUGAGGACUCGACACGUAAUUGUGUGGCCCAGUAGUGACGUAAAAACUGAGAAUAAAGUUAAGCACAUGCUUUGAAAAACAAGCUAUAUUAUGAACUCAAGCUUAUUUUAUGUAGUGAAUUUUAAAUGAAUAUUAUCCGUACAUAAUAUUCAUACACAAUGUUUCUUACAAAUUUAUCGUGUUAAGAUGAGAUUGCACAUUACGGUUGCUUAUUUUUAAUGGUGCCAUCUCGGUACUAACUAGGUACUAAUCUAUGAAUUUUAAAAUAUUGCACAAAUUGCUAUGCUGCAUUGUUGUUUAAAAUCAAUAAAAAGUACUAGAAGUUAUCAUUGUUAUAUUCAAAUAUUAUGAAUUCUUGAGUUAUUUAAAUUGGAUUUACGACAAGAAACUACAAAGAUAAAUGAAUUUUAAACAAUUUACUUAUAAGAUUGUGUUAUUAUAUAGUGAAAUUUGCAAGUCAAUUGUUGUUGUAUAAUAUAGCAAAGUAUGUACACAGGAAGAAAUGACUUUAUAUGGUUGGAUAUAAAUAAAUGAAAACCACUAAUAAUUUAUGCAGUGUUAUAAUUUUAAAAUAACUAAACUAUAUGUCCAGCAUAUAAGUUAUAUAAAUACAACACUGAGUGCGAACGAUAAAUAACGAUAAUAAUGUAAUUAGUAUGUUUAUUUUGCCUCUACAUUAAUUAAAAUAAAUAUUUUCGAAAUUGUGUUAUUAUUUUUCGAUCUACACAUCAUUAAUAAUUCUAAAUAUCACAAUCCUUUGCACACAUCAGUCAUACACAUUAAACGUUGUAUUUCCAACACUCCACGCCAUGCCAUUUAAAACAUUUAAUGU